AUAUAGUGGAGGGUAUUUGACAUUUCAGUACGUUCUACAAACAUUUGCAGCGCGCAUUUUUUCCCGAGAAAGUGAUGGAAAACCCGUUCUUUAAUACAGUUUGAAAGGGGGGAAAAAGAGAAACAGUGGGUGGGGAAAAUGGGAACGGAGGAGAGAGGGAAAAAAGUGGAGGGAUUUGGAGGGGAUAGGAGAUUGAGUGAAAUCCCUCCCGAUGAUGAUUGCUGCCCUAUUUGCUUCGGUCCCUUCACCGUUCCUUGUCGAACUAAUUGCGGUCAUUGGUAUUGCGGCAAUUGUAUUUUGCAAUUCUGGAACUAUUCCUCGGCAUCUAAGCCAUGCAAGUGCCCCAUGUGUGCUUGCAAGAUUGUUAAUUUGAUGCCAGGGGCAUCAUUGCAACAACAACAACAGAGCCAGGAAGUUACUGAGGUUCUUAAAAGUGUACAGAGGUAUAACCUCCUCUUUCUUGGAGGCGCGUGUGGAUUCAUUCAGCAGAAAGUGCGGGAGUUGCCAUUCCUCAUGAAGCGAAUGCUCCAAGGGUUGAUGGAUCCUGAUAUAAAUGAUACAUAUGUUGCUGAGAUACGCGUUUUUGCAAUGUUGCUGAGUAUCAUCUACAGAGCUACACCAUUUGAUUUUAUUCCUACAGGGGGGUUAGGAAUCAGUAGGGUGUUUGAUUGUUCGGCAAUUGCUCUAGUACUCAUCCUGCGUCUGAUAGGAAUCUAUCGAAGAAGACGACUUAUGCAACGUGUGAGGCGCCUAGCAGCUAUGGAACUUUUAGAGGAAUGAACUUCAAUGCGGGUUGAUGGUUCUAAUUCCUUCCCCUAGUGUUCUCACAUUGAUAUGUCUAUAUAUCACGGUGACUGAAAGCAGUUGUAAAUGGACUGAUUGUGUGUUUGAAGAAACUAAUAUUAGGUUGUAUAUAGUUAUCAGAAGAAUUUGGAGUGUCUGAUCGAGUAGUAUCGUGUUGGUGGCCAAUGGCCGAUACAAGUUCUAUUAUUAACUUCUUGUUUAAUGUUUUAUUUUGCUUUUCUGUAUUUGCUUGCAAUAUCAGGUUAAGCGACUUUUUAGCUCUUUUA